CCCAGCCCCUCUCUUUUGAGCGUUGCCUGUGUUCGGUGCUUGGCUAUACACCAUAAAGUAUAAACUAUUUUUCUAAGUGUUCCGUUACAGAAAAUGUCGUAUGCAAUUUAAGUUCUAGCAUUUGUCUAAUAAGAAAGAUUCAACAUGAAGUUGAACGUGUCUUAUCCAGCAACAGGCAGUCAAAAACUGUUUGAAGUUGUAGAUGAACAUAAACUACGUAUUUUCUAUGAAAAACGUAUUGGUACAGAAGUAGAGGCUGAUCUCCUUGGAGAUGAUUGGAAAGGUUAUGUAUUGAAAAUAUCUGGUGGGAAUGACAAGCAAGGGUUUCCCAUGAAGCAGGGUGUGUUGUCAAAUGUCCGUGUUCGUUUGUUAUUGUCCAAGGGUCAUUCUUGUUAUCGUCCACGAAGAGAUGGUGAACGCAAAAGGAAAUCAGUACGUGGUUGUAUCGUUGAUGCUAAUCUUAGUGUCCUUUCACUUGUUGUCGUCAAAAAAGGGGAAAAGGAUAUUGCUGGUUUAACUGAUACAAAUGUACCCCGUCGUUUGGGGCCGAAACGUGCAAAUAAAAUACGUAAGCUGUUCAAUCUACAAAAAGAAGAUGAUGUGCGCAGAUAUGUAAUAAAGAGGCCUUUACCAAUUAAGGAGGGAAAAACUAAACAAUACUUCAAGGCGCCUAAAAUUCAACGUUUAAUUACUCCUGUUCGUCUUCAGCGCAAACGUCAUAAGCUGGCAUUAAAAAAGAAACGUUGUUUGAAGCGUAAAGGAGAAGCUGCUGAAUACGCUAAGCUUUUAGCACACAGACAAAAGGAAAAGUUAGCUAAAAAACGAGCUGAACAGAGUCGCAAACGUACUAUGUCUCAAUCAUCUGUUUCUAGUUCUGGUACUAAGAGUAGUAAAAAAUAAAUGUGGAUGAAUAAUAAAAAAAAUUGUUUAUUCUAA